GAAGCGUUCGAGAGGAUGGCAUAUUGUGGAAUCUCAGCAAAUCUCAUUCUGUACCUGACCAAAAAACUGCAUCAAGGGACUGUGACAGCAUCCAAUAAUGUGACUAAUUGGAUUGGGACAAUAUGGCUGACUCCAAUCUUGGGUGCAUAUGUUGCUGAUGCUUAUCUUGGCAGAUAUUGGACGUUUGUGAUUGCUUGUGCAAUCUAUCUCUCGGGAAUGUGCUUGCUAACACUAGCAGUUUCAGUCCCGGGCUUUAGACCACCUCCCUGCCAUGCUGCAAAUGUAUCUGACUGUCCAAAGGCUACAACACUUGAAUUGGCAGUGUUUUAUACUGCACUUUACAUCUUAGCUGUUGGAACUGGUGGGACAAAGCCAAAUAUCUCCACCAUAGGUGCGGAUCAAUUCGAUGAUUUCGAUCCAAAGGAGAAGAUCCAAAAGCUUUCCUUCUUCAAUUGGUGGAUGUUUAGCAUAUUCUUUGGGAUACUUUUUGGCAACACAGUUCUCGUCUAUAUUCAAGAUAAUGUGGGAUGGGCUCUUGGAUAUGGUAUCCCUACAGCUGGGCUUGCAUUGUCUAUUGCCAUUUUUCUGUUUGGUACUCCCUUCUAUAGGCACAAGAAGCCUGCUGGUAGUCCCUUCACAAAGAUGGCUAGAGUCAUAGUGGCUACUGUUAAGAAAUGGAGGGUACCUGUCCCUACUCAUCCCAAAGAACUGUAUGAACUUGAUGCUGAAGAAUACACCAAGAAGGGCAAAUUCAAAAUUGAAUCCACAACCACAUUAAGGUACCUGAACAAAGCAGCAGUGCAAACAGGUUCAACAAGUAUGUGGAUGUUAUGCUCAGUUACAGAAGUUGAGGAGACCAAACAGAUGCUGAAAAUGUUACCUAUAUUGAUGACCACAUUCCUUCCAAACGUAAUAGUUGCACAAAGCAAUACUCUUUUCAUUAAGCAAGGCACUACUCUGGACAGGGGCAUGGGUAAGCAUUUCAAAUUGCCACCAGCCAGCUUAGGUGCUUUUGUGACAGUAACCAUGCUGCUUACCGUGGUGCUGUAUGAUCGUGUCUUUGUCAAGAAUAUUAGCAAGUGGACCAAGAAUCCAAGAGGCAUCACUCUCCUUCAAAGACUGGGACUUGGAUUUGUGCUCCACAUUAUCAUUAUGAUCGUAGCCUCCCUGACAGAAAGGCACAGGCUUAAUGUGGCCAAGGAACAUGGUCUAGAUCAAACCGGAGGCCAACUCCCAUUGACCAUAUUUAUAUUGCUCCCACAAUUUAUCCUUACGGGAGUGGCUGAUGCAAUGACAGAGGUUGCAAGACUUGAGUUUUUCUACGAUCAGGCACCUGAGAGCAUGAAGAGUUUGGGGACUUCCUUUUCCAUGACUAGUGUGGCAGGUGGCAACUUCCUUAGCAGUUUCAUUCUUUCAGCAGUUUCUCGCAUCACAAGGGAGGGUGGUCACAAAGGAUGGAUCCAAAACAACCUUAAUACUUCUCGCCUCGAUUUGUAUUUUGCAUUUCUUGCAGUAGUAGGCUUUCUGAAUUUCCUUUUUUUCCUGGUUGUGACCAAGUUCUUUCACUACAAGGCUGAGAUUUCGGACUCAAUGGAAGUGUUAAAAGAAGAACUAGAGGGGUCAAGGAAAGAUGCUUACCAAGUAGAGCUGGCGGAUAACAAACGCUAAUCAAGAAUGUUCUCAAGAGGGCUAAAAUUCAUCUGCAUGGAAAGGAGCUUGAGACUCAACAGGAGCAUUAUUUUGUAAUAAGAAUUGCUAGCAUCACAAGCAUGGAUUGGUGCUUUCUCGCACAACUAAGAUGAAACUAGCUUUUCCUUAAGCUAAAAAAUGUACUGUUAUGUUUUAGAAGCAGAGAGGAGGAAUGAAAUAAAGCUGUCAGAAGGCCCGAACUGGCUUUCCUGCAUGGCCCUACAGCGUG